UCCCAUUUCUGAGGCGACGCCUCCUGGUAAUUCUGAUAGGUUAGACAAACAUCAAUGUACGAUUGUAGGCGGGGAUUAUGGCAGUGUCUAUCUAUUAUUGGUUACGUAGCAACAGUUGAACCAAAAAUAUGAAACUCCGUGCAGUUUCUACAAGUCGUUCGGAGUGGUCUGUAGCGGAGUGGCUGUGUAAAGACAUAUACUGUGCAGAGAACAUUUAAGCGCAUUUUUCGGCAGCUAAAGGGCCAGAAGCUGAGUCCCUUUGUGGAGCGUGAAAAGAAUAUUAGCAACAGAGCAGAAGUCAGUGCAAGAUGAAGGUCUCUGUAAAGCCAGGUGCUAUCACUGGCCCCUCCCAGUCUUGGCCUGCAGCCCAUCGGCAGUGCUACCGCAAGGCCGGAUCCGGGGACAUCUUCCGAGGGGUUGACCUACGGCAGCUUCAGCGGCUGUUCCACACAUCGGGCGACCGGGAUGCGGAGAGGCGUGCUCGGCUUGUGUGGAGCCUCUGCGGCCGGCCAGAGCUGGCCAGUGCUCUCUGGGGGCUCCGGGCACACAGCUGCAAGAGGAGGCUGAAGGUGGAGGAGCCACACUGUGCCGUGUCCAGGUGGCUUCAUGCAUUUGGUCACCUCAGGAUUGAUGAGGGGUCAGCAAGCAGGUCAGACGAAGAGGAGGAUGAGGAGAUGGGGCAGGCAGCCAGCUGUGGGGGUGCUACCAAUGAUGAGGGCACAUCAGAGACUGAAGGAGACUCAGGGUCAGAGCUGCUGGAGACUUCACUUUGGCACCAAGCUGGAACCACCAAUCAGGGCAGCAGCAGAAACCAAGACUGUUACCUUCACCUUAUCCUACCCUGAUUGGCUACCUGGUGUCAGCUGACCCAGAAUGUCCUGCAGAUAUAUUCUCAAACUGAGAGACUAUAGUACGGUACAAUUUUUUCUCUCUUCAGUACAGUAUUGUGGAGGAGAGCUCUUUUGCUAGGUUAUAGCACUAAGAUUAGACUUGACCAGGAUAUGUACUGUAAGGAGCCAUUAGAUACUUCCUCUAGGCUGUGAUUUCCCAUGGGCACAGUUAGCUAGAUUAGUUGUAUCCUUAACUCCUGUCAUGGGUGGGUCACAUGUAAGUGUUAAUCAGCUGGAAGCCCAGAUGAAGGACAUCGAGACAGAAGGGGCUGGAGAAGGCUAGGCUUUUUGGAAACACAGCUUUAUACGUACAUUUUAUAAUUACAUGUGUACAAGGCAUGACAUUUGCUGCUGCCCCAGUUUUUUUGUCCAAAAACACAAGAAAUUGGGUGUUUUUGACUAAAUUCAAAUUCUGUUAUAAAUGUGUAAUUAUAUUAUGUGAGUGUUCUGUAUUAUUUCAUCUUUUUUGCUUGAGUUGUAAAAUCUUUUCGGUAUCUUCA